AUGCGGCUAAUUAGUUUGAUUGCCUCAGUACAACCGGAAGCGCCAUUGAAUCAAGCGUGCCUGCGGGAUCUGCGAAUAACGAGUCCUGAGGAUGACAAGGGCCGCAUCGAACGAACCAACGGAGGGUUACUCCAAGACUCGUAUCGCUGGAUUUUAGACAACGAGCAGUUUAAACAGUGGCAAGCAAAGCAGAGCAGCCGUCUCCUCUGGAUUAAGGGCGAUCCCGGCAAAGGCAAGACAAUGCUACUGUGCGGGAUCAUCAACGAAUUGACCCAAUCAAUCGGGUCUAAUUCAAAUAUCUGCUUCUUUUUUUGCCAAGCUACGGACGUACGAAUUAAUAAUGCAACAGCCGUGCUUCGUGGCUUGAUAUAUUCACUGGUCGUGAAGCAGGCAUCGCUUCUCUCCCAUGUACGGAGCCGGUAUGAUCAAGCUGGAAAGACCUUGUUUGAGGAUAUAAAUGCAUGGAAUGCGCUCUCUAAGAUCUUCAACGAUAUUUUGAAAGAUGCGACCCUACAGAAUACUUAUUUGGUGAUCGAUGCGCUAGACGAAUGCACAACGGACCUCCCUCUCCUUCUGGACUUGGUCGUCCAGGAAUCAUCUACCCACCCGCGCGUGAAGUGGAUUGUCUCGAGCCGCAACUGGCCUGGUAUCGAAGAGCGUCUGGAUGCUGCAACUCAGACUGCGCCUAUCUCGUUAGAGCUAAAUGAGAUAUCCGUAUCUAACGCUGUGCAACAGUUCAUUCAGCAUAAGGUUCACCAAUUAGCAGAAGUCAAAAAGUAUAAAGAUGAAAUCCGUGAUGCUGUUUAUCGUCACUUAUCGUCACACUCACAAGGCACUUUUCUCUGGGUCGCCCUAGUUUGUCAAGAUCUCAACAGGACAUCGCGGAGACAUGUCCUUAAAAAACUUAAGGAGUUCCCUCCUGGACUGGAUGCUUUAUACGGUCGAAUGAUUAAUCAGGUUCGAACGUCUGAGGAUGCUGAGGUCUGCAAGCGAAUACUGGCUGUUAUGUCAAUUGCGUAUCGGCCUAUCACUCUUGACGAACUGACCGCCCUAGUUGAAAUACCUGAUGAUCUCUCCGAUGACGAUGAAGCUUUACUGGAGGUUAUCGCAAUUUGUGGCUCGUUCCUCACUUGCCGUGAGGACGUUAUUGUUUUCGUUCACCAGUCUGCAAAGGAAUUCCUGCUCGAAAGGGCGCGAAGCGAGGUUUUUCCGGAGGACCAACAAGCCGAACAUGUUGCAAUUUUCUCGCGAUGUCUACAAACUAUGUUCAAGACACUUCGGCAUAAUAUCCUCGAUGCCGAGGAAUCCACACACCCACGUUCUCUGGCAGCUAUAAAAUACGCUCCAGUAGUAGAUGAAAGCUGGAGUUUAUGUCUUCAAACCCUCGAGGGGCAUAGUCAUUGGGUCGACUUGAUCACCUGGUCGUCAGAUGGAAGCCGACUCGCAUCAGCUUCGAAAGAUAAGACUGUUAGGAUCUGGGAUCCAGCCACCGGCCAGUGUGCGUCCACCCUUGAGGGGCAUAAUAGCUCGGUCACGUCGAUUGCCUGGUCGCCAGAUGGGAGCCGACUUGCAUCAGCUUCGGAAGAUAAGACUGUUAGGAUCUGGGGUCUAGCCACCAGCCAGUGCGUGUCUACCCUCAAGGGGCAUAGUAGCUGGGUCGCGUCGAUUGCCUGGUCGCCAGAUGGAAGCCGACUCGCAUCAGCGUCGGAAGAUAAGACUGUUAGGACCUGGGAUCCGGCCACCGGCCAGUGUGCGUCUACCCUUGAGGGGCAUAGUAGCUCGGUCAAGUCGAUUGCCUGGUCGCCAGAUGGGAGCCGACUUGCAUCAGCUUCGGAAGAUAAGACUGUUAGGAUCUGGGGUCUAGCCACCAGCCAGUGCGUGUCUACCCUCAAGGGGCAUAGUAGCUGGGUCGCGUCGAUUGCCUGGUCGCCAGAUGGAAGCCGACUCGCAUCAGCGUCGGAAGAUAAGACUGUUAGGACCUGGGAUCCGGCCACCGGCCAGUGUGCGUCUACCCUUGAGGGGCAUAGUAGCUCGGUCAAGUCGAUUGCCUGGUCGCCAGAUGGGAGCCGACUUGCAUCAGCUUCGGAAGAUAAGACUGUUAGGAUCUGGGAUCUAGCCACCAGCCAGUGCGUGUCUACCCUCAAGGGGCAUAGUAGCUGGGUCGCGUCGAUUGCCUGGUCGCCAGAUGGAAGCCGACUCGCAUCAGCGUCUACUGAUAUGACCGUCAGGAUCUGGGAUCCAGCCACCGGCCAGUGCGUGUUCACCCUUGAUUUUUACUCCUACAACCUCCAAUUCGAUAAAAGCACGCCCAACCAUCUCCACACAAUAAUUGGCACCUUAAAUUUAGGGUCCACUGAGCCUGUUGCGCCCAGCGCCAGUCGUUUGACCCUGCCAGGAAUAUACGGGUUUGGCUUAAGUGACUGCUCUUCCUGGAUAACCUUUAAUGGAUCAAACCUUUUGUGGUUGCCUCCAGAAUAUCGGCCGUCCAACCCUUCUUCAUUUCGUAUAUCUGCAGCAAUGGUGGCAAUCGGUUGUUCAUCAGGUCGUGUCAUAUUCCUCGCACUCUCAGAACACAAUCCCCUAUCUAGCGUAUAA